GCUGUAACCAUUUUUUCUUUUUCUUUCUUUACCAAAUUUGAAAAACGUUAGAAACGCCAAAACUGUUUUUUCUUCCAAUAAUCUCUUCGAUCACACUGACACUCAAGAGCUCAGCAAGUUAUUCUUCACCACCACAAACCCUAAUCUUUAUAUAGAUUUCAAUUCUCAUAAUCUUAACUGCUUUUUCAGAUUGGGAAGUCAUGACCACUGGAGAUCUUCUCGACAUUCAACCAACUGAACUCAAAUUCCCAUUUGAAUUGAAGAAGCAGAGUUCAUGUUCUAUGCAAUUGACUAACAAGUCAGACAAGUAUGUUGCCUUUAAGGUUAAAACGACCAAUCCCAAGAAAUACUCUGUUCGUCCCAACACUGGCGUCAUUUUGCCUGGGACCACUUGCAAUGUUUCAGCUGGUGAUUUUUGCGUAUGAUAUAAUUCUACAUGUAAAUCUUGUUACAAUGCAAGCUCAAAAGGAGGCACCCCAUGAUAUGCAGUGCAGGGACAAAUUCCUUCUUCAGAGUGUUGCUGCUCCUGAGGGUGCAACCACAAAAGAUAUAACUGCAGAUAUGUUUAAUAAGGAGGAUGGUAAGGUUGUUGAGGAGUCCAAAUUGGGUGUAGUCUACAUCCCUGCUAAUCCUCCCUCACCUGUCUUGGAAGAAUCUGAAGAAGGGUCCUCUCCGAGGGCUUCUGUGCUUGAGAAUGAUGAUCAAGAUUCAUCCUUAUUUGAAGAUGUAUCCAGAUCUUGUGUGGAGUCUAAAGAGAAAUCUUCAGAGGUAUUGUCAAUGAUUUCGAAGUUAACUGAAGAGAAAGCUUCUGCUCUGAGGGAAAAUCAAAAGCUACGGCAAGAAGUUGAAAAGAUGAGAAAACAAAUUAGCAAAAAUCGUGCUGGUGGCUACUCUUCAUUGUUUGUAUUGCUGGUUGGUUCAUUAGGCAUCCUGGUUGGUUAUCUUAUGAAGAGAACGUAGGAAACUACUAAAUGAAGUGUUAUUUGUUUGGUUGAGUGCUGGUUUUAAAGUUUUCAGCCUGACCCUAUUUUUGGAACUUCUAGAACCUAGUUAUUAUUUUGUAAAAUCAGUCUGAUGUUUUGAAGACGACGAGCCCAACUAGUGAAUUGUGGUUGUGGCACAGUUAUUGUUGUUUCAGUCGCGAAUGGAUUGGAUUGAUUAUAAAUCCAUUUAUUGCUGCUCUGUAUUCUUCUACCUAUUAUUUGAAUGAAAUAUAUUUUUCAUUUGAUCAAA